AUGCAACAAUAGAUGAGAAACAAAUAAAUAGGUAUAGUCACCAAAGUUGCUACAACUGUGCACACAAUCUUAUUAUUUUUAUUAGUCGUGUCGGCUUGCUUGAAAUUGAAUCAAGAUUUCUUAAUUUCUAUUUUAUUAGCUCAAGCAGUCUGGCAAUAGCUGGUAAUAGAGACACUUCAUCUUAGAUUAAAUAGAUUUAAUUAUUUAGAAGAAUAAGAAUAAAUUAGAAAGAGAUUUGGGCUUUCAACCUAAAAAAGCAAAGAUUCUUCUUUAUGGUAUUAUAGAAAACAACUUAUAUUACCAGCAAUUGUUUUAGCGCUUUUUUUAUUUACAGAAUAGUCAUAUGAGGAUUUAGAAUAUUGUUUUAUUUCUGUCCAUGGACUUCUAUAAAUUUACCAAGGUUCUAUUAUUCUUGUAGUUGGAAUCAGAAUGCAUAUUGAAUAGAAUGAUGACUAUAAUACUGAUUUAGAAAGUGAAGGAUUAAUAAUGAAAAGCAAUAUGAUGUUGAGGAGAUCAGAAGUCAGAACACAAAGGUGGAAGACUUUUGUAAAUCUAAUAAAGAAGUUUUAUGUCAAGGCCUUAGCAAUAUAUUUCUGUUUAAGCGUGAUUUAUGAAUUCUAUGCCAUCUUUCUUAAUAUGCCACCUUUCGAUUUACUCUCAUUUAUUUGUAAUUAUUAUCAAACCCAAGUUUCAAUCUAUGCCUUAAUUAUUUGUUAACUGCAAAUUCUUUUAGUGCUACUAUAUAUAGGAAAUGCCAUCAUUCAAAAGAGAGUGAAUAGAGUUAAAAGGCUCUAUGAGCAUGUGACAAAGGAAUAGGAAAAGCUUUUUCGAAGUAAUCUAUUUAUCGCUUACUAUUAUUAUAUUUUUAUAUUAUAAUAGUAUGUCAGGAAAAAUUGUAACUAAAUUAAUCGAUAUGAAAGUCAAUUAGUUUGGUUUGAUUGCAAUCUUACUAAACACAAUUAGAAUUAUUGA